CCCGCCUGUCGCGACAGUCGGGGCCGAGGCCCAGGGGGAGGUGGCCUGUCGCGGGUCGCCCGGCUCCCAGAGGCGAGGGGGGCACGGGCGGAUGGCGGAAGGCGCUCAGACGCAGCAGCUGCCUCAGCUUGGACCCGGCGCCGCUGCCCGGGGCAUGAAGCGGGAGUCGGAGCUGGAGCUGCCGGUUCCCGGAGCGGGAGGAGACGGAGCCGAGCCCGGCCUGAGCAAGCGGCCGCGCACCGAGGAGGCAGCGGCCGACGGCGGCGGGAUGCAGAACGAGUCUCUGACCCCAGGUUAUCAUGGAUUCCCAUCGCGGGAUAGCCAGGGUAACCAGGAGCCAACAACAACUCCUGACGCAAUGGUUCAGCCUUUUACUACCAUCCCUUUUCCACCACCUCCACAGAAUGGAAUUCCCACAGAAUAUGGAGUGCCACACACUCAGGACUAUGCCGGCCAGACCAGUGAGCAUAACCUAACACUCUACGGGAGCACACAAGCCCACGGAGAACAGAGCAGCAACUCACCCAGCACACAAAAUGGAUCUCUCACGCAGACAGACGGUGGAGCGCAGACAGAUGGCCAGCAGUCACAGACACAAAGUAAUGAAAAUUCAGAGAGUAAAUCUACCCCCAAGCGACUUCAUGUCUCUAAUAUUCCUUUUCGCUUCCGGGACCCUGACCUCCGGCAAAUGUUUGGGCAAUUUGGCAAAAUCCUAGAUGUAGAAAUAAUCUUUAAUGAGCGUGGUUCUAAGGGAUUCGGGUUCGUAACUUUCGAGAAUAGUGCUGAUGCAGACAGGGCCAGGGAGAAAUUACACGGCACCGUGGUAGAGGGCCGUAAAAUCGAGGUUAAUAAUGCUACAGCACGUGUAAUGACCAAUAAGAAGAUGGUCACACCAUAUGCGAAUGGUUGGAAAUUAAGUCCAGUAGUUGGAGCUGUAUAUGGCCCUGAGUUAUAUGCAGCAUCCAGCUUUCAAGCAGAUGUGUCCCUUGGCAAUGAAGCGGCUGUGCCCCUAUCAGGAAGAGGGGGUAUCAACACCUACAUUCCUUUAAUCAUUCCUGGCUUCCCUUACCCAACUGCAGCCACCACGGCAGCUGCUUUCAGAGGAGCCCAUCUGAGGGGCAGAGGGCGGACAGUAUAUGGUGCAGUCCGAGCAGUACCUCCAACAGCCAUCCCCGCCUAUCCAGGUGUGGUUUACCAGGACGGAUUUUACGGUGCUGACCUCUAUUCAGCUGAAGAAAUGUUAACAUCUCACUCUAAAUCUCUCAGUGGAGUCUCUGUUCCCUUCUCUGAUAUAACAGAUGGGGUGGAUAUGCAGCCUACAGAUAUGCACAGCCUGCUACUGCAACCGCAGCCACAGCUGCUGCAGCCGCCGCAGCCGCUUACAGCGACGGUUAUGGCAGGGUGUACACAGCCGACCCCUACCAUGCCCUUGCCCCUGCCGCUAGCUAUGGAGUUGGCGCUGUGGCGAGUUUAUACCGAGGUGGCUACAGCCGAUUUGCCCCCUACUGAAGUGACGUGAGACCCCUGCAAAUGGGACAGCCCCCAGUUCAUGAGGCCUGGCUAUUGCAAUAUUUACUAGUAGAGGAACUCUAUAGCAAGAUGAAGAGGAAAUACAAACAAACAAAAAAAAAAAACACAAAAAAAGAGAGAAUACUUUUUUAUACCUCACUAUGUUCUUUGAAUAUGUAUUUUUUCCUUUAAAUUUCUGCCUUUAAUUCUUUUGUUCCAAAGAUUGUGCAUUUUUUUCUUUUUUUUUCUUUUUUUAACUGUGGUAAACAAAAACAAACAAAAAAAAGAUAAUGCAUUUCCAUGUCUAUAUGUCCGUGCCUAGCUUAUUCUGUCAGUCACGGAAAAGGCAGUUGAUGAGGAAGGAGAGACACUAGGAGCAGAGAAAUGCAUCUGAUCGGAAAUCGGCAGACAGAAUUACCAAAGUGUAUCUGGUGCUGCAUGGCUGGGGACAACAGAAGUGGAAGAGAUCUUUCUGCAGCGGCAUAUUCUUCUAGUCUUCUGAAUUCUGGUCUUUGGCAGGAGAUUCUGAUAGGCUGUGUGGCUGGAAUCCACAUGCCACUAGAGAGGAAUUUGUGCUUGCAAAGCAGGAGAAUUAAAAGACACUUUUCCUCUCCUCCUUUCCUCCUGUCUUCUCCAUUCUUUUUACAAUCAUCUUACACACCCAGCCUGAGACAGUUGGCAUAGCUUUUGGAAUUACAGUGUUGAUAUUUCCAAACAUGCUCUCAGUCUGUGGAUAAUAAACACCUCAUUAGGAAACCUAUCUCAGAAUGAACUCUGGAGUAUGAAAACACUCAUUUCUUUUCUUUCCUAUAAUCCUAGCACAUCUGCUGGGCUGCUUUUCCUGUAACAACCACCAUGUAGCUCAUCUGUUCUUUAGUAACAUGCUGCUCCCGUGUCCUCAAAAUUCAGGAGUUUAGUAUCCAGGGACAGAGAAUAAAAUAGCCAGUGGCCAGAUUUCCUCCAGGUAUCUUGACACAGCUUGAAGAUUAAAAAUAAAAAUUGUUGAGAGCCAUUAAGGAAGGUUCAGAAGAGAAAAGGGAAUAUUGAGCCUGAUAUUCCUUAGCUUGCUUGCAACAGAAAGUACAAUUUAUAAUAAAAGCAUCUGUUGGGGAAAGAUCAAGCCCCUAGGCCUGCUGCCCCUGGGAGUUUUGGUGAUGAGGACAUGUGAGAACAGGCAGAGGCACUUUGUAUUCACCCCAAAGCCAUAGGAAUUUUCAUCUUCCAGAGCCUCUGUGAGUCACUUCUCUAUCCACAGUGUCUAGCUCUCUUAGUCUUUCCACCCAGCUUUGCAUUAUCCUCCAAAGACACCAGCUGAGCACCUGAACCACAUGGUGCACAUUAACACUACAGGAAGCAAAAUGUAGAGCCCGCCAAGGAAAGAAGCAAUGAAGCCAUCCAACGGCAAGGGUCCCCGCAGACUCCACGGCAGUGCGUCGCUGCAGGUGCUGUCUGGCUUCACUUUUAUGUUAGUAAGGUAGGGGAGAAAGCUCUGGGCUAUAACUAAUGAAGACAAAAGUCUGACAGUGUUUCCAAAACAAAAUGCAUUAGGAAGUGGGCAGGCAUGGUCUGCGGGCUCCUUGCUCUGCUCACACUGGUACUAGGGUGAACUUCCACCCCAAGGGACAGCUGCUAAAGGGAGUAGGUCAGAGACAUGGAGCUUCUGCUUUAUUAUGGGUUUUGUUUGAUUUUUUUUUAACUCCUGCCUCCACACAUUCUUUUCUGAUAAACUGAUUUCAUGUCCCUGAAUUAAAAUGACUGACAUGUGAUAGUAUCAAGCGUUCUUUGUAAACAGUGCUGUCUGGGAGGGCACUGGCCUGCCACAUGGAGACAUGUCCCUCCUCAGAUACCCUCUUCCCUAAUAACCUGGGGAGAUGGCAAACUCCAGACCUUGGUGCACUCGUGGAUUCGGGGGCGGGGGGGCGCACAUAGAGUAAAAGACAAAACUAUUCAAUCAAAUGGCCCUUCAAAGGGCCUCCCCCUCCCCCAAGCCAAAGUUAGGUUUAUUGCUGUUAAGACAAUAUUAAUUGUAUGUAUAUAAAUGUUUUAGGAGAGGACAAGGGCUGGGGGCUUUCAGAGUUCUAGGGAAUGGGGGCAGGGAGGAUCUUUCUUUUGCUUUUGUUUUGAGGGAGAAUAUCUGCUGACUAAAGAAACAGACAUUUGAAUCAUUCUCCCAAAGUGGCAAGCCACUUAAGCCGGUGGAGACCCCAUCUCGUCCUCACUGGUGAUAUUUGUGGCGGAGGAGUGAGAACGUUUCUCUUCUCUUUUCUUUGAUAAGAAUAAGGAUGGCUGGCAAGGUAGAGAAGGCAGCUUCCUCCCAUAGCCUUCUGGAAGAGGCAGCGUCCGGGUUUGAGGAGCCUUUGUGCACUUCAGUUCAGCUGGUUCUGGCUGAGGCCUCCAAGGCAAGCUCUGUUUUCUAGGGUGUUCUUGCCGCUUUGCCAGGGGUGCUCUUCUCUGUCGCUUUCUCCAGCUCCCUUUCCUGAGACAGAACACUUGGGAUUCUGUUUCUUAUGCAAGGGCCCUCUGGUUUCCAGGGUCACCACUGAGGAUCGAGGCGCUCUCAGCCAGCCUGAUCCCACAGUAUCAGCCUCUCCCCAUCAGCCACAGAGCUUGGAGGUCCCCUCCCAUCAGAGUCAAGGCAUCAGUGCUUCUGGGUUCCUGACACGGCCAGAGGGGCUGGCGUCUUAUGAAUACCUUCACUAGAGGAUGUAGGUUGAUCACUUCAAAUGGCUUACUGAUGUUGAAUCACAGUUCAGAGAUGGUCUUCUCAACUUGGCUCUCAUCCAUGACCUGGAUUUUCUAUACUAGGCAUCUUAUUCUUAGAAGUUGGCCUCCUUUAGGGAGGCCACUAGUGAAAACCUUCAUUGGAUAUCCCUCUUUUCAUCCCAGAGAGCUGCCCUUAGGUCUUUUCUAGAAUUCCUGCAUUCCAUAGUUCAACUACAUUAACUCAGAUUCAUCAUUUCUAAGGCUCUCAGGUUUAACAAAACCUAUCACCAUCAUCCUCCAGCAGCCUCAGUCUGAAUGGAGCCGAUAUAUUUUCUGUCUGUAAAGAAGUCAACUGGGGCUCAGCUCUUAGUUCAAGGGGACCUAGUGGCUAUCUAGUGAAUAGAAAUCAGUGAUAGCAGCUUUUUCUCGAAUGUGGACUCCUCAGGGGCUGAACUGCUCUUAAUUUAGGGUAUGCUUUACUAGAGAUGUAGCAGACUUCGGUUAUCGCCACCAUCCAGUAACUACUCACGUAGCUUCCAGAUAGGACGGACUGUAGGAUGGGGUGGAAGCUGCCCCAGGGAUGUGCUUCCCUUUGGCACAGGAACAAGGCCAGCCAAGGGACCAUUUGGAUUGCGCCUGGACAUUUCGAGAGGGAAAGAGGUAACUGACGAACUUCCCCUCUUAGCCCAGGUUAGCCGAUUCUCUGCUGCUUGCAAAUCUCUAGCACAGUGACAUUUGCAGAACUGAAGAUUUUUUUCCCCCCAGAUAUUAGGAGGAAAGGGACUUUGGGAGGGGAGGGUGGGGAAGGGGUCGUGAUGUUUUAAAAAGCAUAAGUUACCUGUUUGCACUGUUUUAAGAUAGGAAAAAAAUAGUGGGCAAGGUGAACAUCAGAUGUAAACGUGUGUGUUUUAUUUUGUCAUGCUCUUGAGAAUGUCUGACUCUUUGUAGUAUACAACAGUGACAUUUGAUUCUCUGUUGCAUAAAACACUAUAUUUUUUUGGAAAUGUUACUGUCCAAAAGCCUCUUCCCUCCCUCUCCUUUUCCUGUGUACUUCCUUCAUCCUUGCUUAACUGAUCAGCCAGGCAAUAGCCAUCCAGGAGCUAGAGCAAGAAACAGGGCUCUUUCCAAGUUGGCUCUGGGUGUCCUAAACCAGUCUGUGCCCUCUCAGUCACUGAGUAGAGUCUCUGGCGCCUUGCUUUGAAAACACAGCUCACCCGACCAGACUACCAUUUAUGGCAUUUCUCAGUGAGAGGCACUAGGAUGAGGAGCCGAGGGAUGGAGGGACCCCUGAAGUAUUGCAGGUGGCUGUAGUAGCCGAGUUCUUAUGCAUGUUACCGAAACUGUAACCAGUUACAGUUUACUCAGGAAAACGGUAGAUCAAUUCAGCCAUGGUAGUGCUGGUUGGCAGGGAUUGGUAACUUGAGAACCGCUCAACAGCCAAAACUCAAACCUUGCCUUUACGGAGACCACCAGCAUAGGGCCAUGGUCCUCUGCCUGGUGGUGAUAAACCUGCCAGUGACAUGAGGACUCAGCUCGCCCUGGCAAGCAAAAAGGGAACCCAGCUUCUCUUUAUCUCCCCUCUCCCCCUGCCCAUUACCAACACCAGACCCCCAGGGGGCAUGUGAGGUUUUUGAAAUUUUCAAAAAAAAAAAUGUUUUUAGUUUGUUUUUACUGGGGACUGAUAAGUGCUUUAAGUGAUGUCUGCACCCCAUGAAGACUCCCAGCUUCUUCGUUUCCUCGUAUUUUCUGUUCAUGGUAUUUUUGUGUGCGUGUGCUUACUUGGCAGCUCAUUUUGGCUGUAUUAUAUACCGAGUGAUGAAUUGAUCCUAUUUUUUUCCCCCUAAAGGACAUGAAUUUUUUUUUUCUUACAUUAUUCUGCUUGUGAAUAUUUGGAGCCAGGCUGGGCUGACACUAGGGCUACAAAGGGAGGAGAGAGCCAAAGGAGUUUCAGGCCGACCUACCUGAAGCUCUGAGCUUUUCAGUCCAGAUCUUUGCAAGGCUCAAAGCGCCGCUGCCGCAGAACCUCUCCUCCCCACCCCAUGGCAGGGAUUGGCCGGGCCCCACACGCACCAUGGAUCCUCCCACCCCUCCCGUUGCAGGGGCAGAACAGGUACCUUCGGGGACUUGGGGGUGCCCAUGGGAUGUUUGUACAAUUGACCACCAGGCCUUGCCUCCUCCCCUUCCGUCCCCCCCAAGACUCACUUCCUAGGACACCCAAGCCGCUUGCCCAGGACCCUGUUUCCCUGCCAACUCCAGAGAAGCACCCCAGGGCUUUGUGACAGUCUCUAAUUCCCUUCCCUUCUCCUUAAGAAUCAUAUUGUAUAGUAGCUUUCAGACCAUACAGUAUUCAUUGGGUUACUCCUAUUAUUAUCAAGUAGCUGGAAUUGUGAAGGUCGGAGUAGUUAGAUCUUUAGCUUUUCUUCCUUAUUUUUUGUAUUACUCUCCAUGUGUAUAAAUUAUUGAUCAUGUUGCUGGCUUUUAUAAACUCUAAGCAAAGGAGGGGGACUGCCUCAGCCUUUGCGAAUGGUAAUGAAGCACUGUUUUUAAAUAAAAGAGAGAAACACCA